CACGUUCCACGUGACCAUCAUGGCGUGUUUAUCUCGAGUAAGGGCACCUACUCUUCGACGAGCUACCAUCUCCUUCUACAGGAGAGCAUCAUCAUUUUUUAACGAUGAUUACAACCCUCCUAGGCUAAGCUAUGUAUCACCUGAAAAUGAUGUGCAUUAUGACCACAGCUUGAAGGAUCCAGAGACAUUUUGGGGACAACUUGGAGCAACACGUCUGCAGUGGCAAAAGCACUUUGAUAGAGUAAUGGACUGCAAUAUGCACGAGGGACGGCAUAAAUGGUUCUUGGGUGGACAGCUAAAUGUUUCAGAGAACUGUGUUGAUCGUCAUAUGAGAGCUAACCCUAACCGUACUGCCCUUAUAUGGGAGAAAGAUSAACCUGGUGAUGUGGAGUACGUGUCAUACAUCCAGCUUUAUGAGAUGGUAAAUCGCAUGGCCAACAUGUUUAAGAGUCAUGGCAUCACUAAGGGUAAUAUUGUAUGUAUCUACAUGCCAGUCUCUCCGCUAGCAGUGGCUGCAAUGCUGGCUUGUGCAAGAAUAGGAGCUCCUCACAGUGUUGUGUUUGCUGGAUUCAGUGCUGAUGCCUUAGCUAGUCGAAUAAAUGAUGCUCAAGCUGAGACUGUGAUAACAUCUGACCAGAUAGUUCGCGGAGGAAAAGUAUCAGAGCUGAAGAGAGUUGUGGAUGAUGCUGUCUCCAAAAGUCCYGGUGUAAAACGAGUGUUUGUUAUGAAGCGUACUGGUGGUGAUGUCCCUAUGGGGAAACUUGACAUACCUUUGGAAGAGGCUAUGUCAGAACAUUCUGUUGAAUGUGAGCCAGAAUCACUUGAUAGUGAGGAUCCCCUAUUCUUGCUAUAUACAUCUGGUAGUACAGGUCAACCCAAGGGCAUUCUACAUACCCAAGCUGGUUACCUACUCUAUGCUAAUCUCACCAUGAAGUAUUGUUUUGACURUCAAGAUGGUGACAUAUUUGGAUGCGUMGCUGACAUUGGUUGGAUCACAGGGCACUCRUAUGUAGUAUAUGGCCCCUUAUCCAAUGGGGCUACCAGCGUGCUGUUUGAAAGCACCCCAACAUAUCCUGACCCUGGUAGGUACUGGGAUAUGGUAGARMGACUCAGAAUCAAUCAGUUCUAUGGCUCACCAACUGCUGUUCGACUGCUGCUAAAGUCAGGUGACUCAUAUGUGACAAAGUAUGAUCGAUCAUCYCUCAGGGUUCUUGGAACUGUCGGGGAACCAAUCAACGACGAGGCGUGGCACUGGUAUAAUGAUGUAGUUGGAGAGAAGCGAUGCACUGUGGUCGACACUUGGUGGCAAACAGAAACUGGUGGUAUUCUAAUCUCACCAAGACCUUCAGCUUAUAAAGAACCCGUUAAACCGGAAUUUCCUAUGAGACCAUUCUUUGGAGUAGAACCGGUUUUAGUUGAUGAAAAGGGUAAAGAACUUAAAGGAAACAACGUCAAGGGAGCUUUGUGUUUCCGUUCAUCAGUGCCUGGUAUGUGUCGGUCAAUUUAUGGACAUCAUGAAAGAUACCUUGACACUUACUACAGGCCCUACCCUGGCUUUUACUUCACUGGUGAUGGUGCUCUACGUGACAUAGACGGCCACUAUAGAAUCACGGGUAGGAUGGAUGACGUCAUUAAUGUUAGUGGCAAGAGACUGGGGACAGCAGAAGUAGAAGAUGCUAUGGACAAUCAUGAAGCAGUAGCGGAAACAGCUGUGGUUGGAUUCCCGCAUCCAGUCAAGGGCGAAGGAAUUUAUGCUUAUGCGACCCUAAAAGACAACGCUGACAUCACACCAGAACAGCUACGAGCAGAUCUCAAACAGAUUGUACGGGCUAAGAUCGGGGCAUUUGCAGUCCCUGAAAUUAUCCAGGUAGUUCCAGGUCUCCCUAAGACGCGGUCAGGGAAGAUUAUGCGCCGUAUUCUACGCAAAGUAGCCCAGGACAAACCUGACGAGCUUGGAGACGUGUCCACGCUGGCUGAUCCAUCUGUUGUCGAAACAAUAGUACAACAACACACCGAGGUUAUGGAACGAGUUCGAAAGAAUCAAAAGUGAUUGAUAGCUGUCAGUCAACAAGUGACAUAAAUAUAUAUUUGUACAAAUAGGAGUCAUUGUUAGCGGGAUUGUUUCGAGAAGGCUUAGUCAGAGGAACAAAUAAUUCAAAUAGAUAGCGGGACUUCUACCUCUUUCUCCCAUGCGUCUAAUGUACACUGCAUGUCUCUAAGGAAGUCGACCUUCUUUUGAUGGGGAGUUCUAAACAAGAAAUAAUGUAGGGAUCGGGACGAUUGAUGGCUUGCAGAAAAUGUUUUACGGUUGGUUUUGUAUCAAUCAUUAGUUCAACGCACUUGUACUAUGAAACACAAUCAAAGAAGUAGUAACUUUUAAUUUUUAUUUACUGACUACAAUUGUAUGUAAUAGUAGAUAUMAUUGAACCARAACAAUUCWURAAAACAAAAGGUAAUACACAAGAGACUUGGAAACUACACAACCUGAACGUGAUAUCUACCAUUAGUCAGUGAAUAGAUAUUAAUAGUUACCGUUGACUCCAAGAGACCGGCCUGUUCAAAUCAUGCUAAAAAGUAUUAAAGUAUUUUUWUUCAAAA